AAAACAUGCGAGUGAUUCCAUUGGCUGUGUCCUCGUCCUCAUGGUCCUAUAGGGAGAAAAGGUUGUGGACAAAAACAAUUAACUGUCAUUCAAAUCAGCUGUGUGAGGGGGACAGAGGGAGACAGGACGAACAAGGACCUGCAACAUUAAACAGACAUGGGCCGUCUCCUGAUCCACCACCUGUGUUUCCUGCUGAUCAUCAUGCUGGCCUGUCAGUGUCCGGCAGUCAGCGGGCUGUUUGAGUGGAUGAAGGGGACGCAGGCACCUCCACCAGCAGCAGCGCCUCCUCCACCAACAGCAGCAGCAGAAGUCCCAGCACUGCUUGCAAAGGAUGCUCAGUUUGAGAUGACCAUUGCAGAUGAGAGGUUUUUGGCCGAGGCGAAGCAGCUUGAGCUCAGCCCGUUAGACAGCUGCCAUCACAGGGUGGUUGCCCGGCUGAAGGCGAGCUGUGAAAGCCUCCCAGAGGAGCAGCUUGCGAAGCUUGGAGUCGUACUGUUUAACUGCCAGGCAGAGUAUGAGGGGCGCCGAAUCUACCCAUGUACAGAGGAAAUGAGUAUAAAAGAUUGCACAGCAGACAUGGAUCCAGACACAUGGAACGCUUACCACAUAGUGAGCAACAGGGCGCGCUCAGUUUGUUACGCGACUCGGCAGCAGCUCUUCCGUCGCCGAGCAGAGCACACCGUCAACGCUCUCAUAUCCACGGCCACGAGCCAGCUAGAUGCAAUGAAGGACCUCAAGGAGGGCCAGCUGGAGCUGAAGGAACUGACUGCAGCCUCCUUGGACAAGCUGCUGGACGGUCACAGCACUCUGCAAGCCCAACAGGGCAAACUAUACGAGGGCCAGGGGCAAAUGGAGAGUUCACUGAGGGACAACCUGGAGCGACUGGGCCAGGAAAAAGCCCUCAUCGCCUCUGGACAGCAACUGGUAGCCCAGCUCAUUCAGGGCAUUACGAAUAGAAUGGAGAAUGUGAGUGAACAUCUGCAGAUCCAGGGCUCGGAGGUGCAGGACAGCCACAAGGCAAUCGUCAAAGACCUCGCAGAUGUCCGACACCAAGCUCAGGACAUCCACCAGAAAAUUGACCACAGCAUGUUGGAGUUUCUGCAGUACCAGGACCAGACCUCGCAGUACUACACCGACCUGAUGACCAAACUGGAGCGCAUGAACAGCACCCUGGGAGCCACGCUGCACUACCUGGAUAACAUGCAGAGCCGGAUCGAGGAGAGGCUUCACAUGAUCCAGAGCUACCUCGGCUGGGCAGAUCUGAGCCUGACAGCAAUGUGGACAUGUAUUGCACAUACAGGCUACUUUGUCAUGUGUGCCGUCCUGCUGACGUUCCUGCGCUGUCCAGGUUUCUCUCGAGCCAUGCUGCUGCUCACCGUGCCUCUCAACGCAGUGGCCGAGGUCAACCAGCAGCCGGCGCUGGAUCUCACUGGCCUCAGCCUGCUGCUGCUCCUUCUCUCUAUGGGUCACUGGGUUGUGAGUCAGUUGUGGGCGUGCCUCCAGAUCAGAGGAAAGCCGGCGGCCCCGCUGCCACUGGCCCCAUGUGACAUUGUGGAGCCACUGAAGCAGCCAGUUUCAUCCUGCCACUCAUACCCACUGUCCUCGACACUGCAGAAAGAUGAAAAUGAUGACUUCACGCAGCAAGAUGACCUGUUGAAUCAGGACAGCUUCACAUCAGGUAACUUUGACAUAUCAGCAGUGUCUCCCCCUCACAGGAAGCCAAUAUCAGAGUCCAGGUUCAUGCCGAUUAUUGGCACAUCCAAUCACUCCACUCCCAGGCGCAGACCUCAGCCGUCUCUUUCAGCGGCUCUGGUUGCUGACAUCCCCCCGAGGAACCUGGGAAGUGUUUUUGAUGCAGUGAGCGACUCUUGGGAUUUCGCGAACGACUCGCGAAGUGCGAGUCCUACCCCGUCAGUAGUCAGCAACAGCUCCCUAUCAGGCCGUCAGCUGUGCAACGGGGUCACCAAAAAAGGGAAGGCCUGUAAGAAGAGAGUCGUGCCAGGACAGGAGUACUGCAGAGUCCACGAAGGGGGGCAGACCUCCUACGUUGUUAAAUAAGCAAGCACCACACAUUUUUUUUUUUAAGACUACAUGUGUUUUUAAUACAUUUUAUUACCAUGUUUUUAACUGUUCUAUGAAUCUGUCUGUACAUGUAUUCAAACAGCAUUUUCUCUUUUGCUAGGGGGCCUUCUCUGCAAAAAUGAACUGUUACUGUGAUGUCACUGUAAAUUCUGCCUGUCCAUUUUUAAGUUAAUAAAUUAUUUCUUCACCUAUGAA